UCCAACUCAUUUAACUAGUAAUAAAACUAGUCUAAAAUUUCUUCAAUUUUCACAUAAUCUUUCUUUUUGCUAACUCCAAUAAUGUAUGAAGCUGCUGCAGCAGCAGCAAUUUUGGUGGUGAGUGUUGCAGUAUUAGGACACAAAAGGGUAAAGCCUCCGCCUCCAAAGAUUUGCGCUGCAGUCACUUCACCAAGAAUCAAGCUUAGUGAUGGAAGACAUUUGUCUUAUAAAGAGUGUGGUGUUCCUAAAGAAAUUGCCAAGUUUAAGGUUAUUCUUGUUCACGGUUUUGACAGUUCCAAGGACAUAUAUUUGCCUCUCUCUCAAGAGAUGAUAGAAGAGUUGGGUGUAUUUAUCCUGACAUUUGACAGAGCAGGAUAUGGAGAAAGUGAUCCAAACCCUACAAGAUCAGUGAAGAGUGAAGCAUUUGAUAUUCAACAACUUGCUGACCAAUUGCAUUUGGGUCCCAAAUUUCAUGUAAUUGGUGUUUCUAUUGGAACUUAUCCUAUUUGGGCUUGCCUCAACUAUUUACCACACAGGCUUGCUGGGGUGACUCUGGUGGUUCCAGUCAUUAAUUUCUGGUGGCCAUCUUUCCCUACUAAACUGGCAAAUGAGGUCUUUAGGAAGCAACUGAAGAGAGAUCAAAUAAAACUGAGCAUUGCUCAUCAUGUUCCUGCACUAGUAUACUGGUGGAUGACUCAAAAAUUGUUUCCUAAUUGCUCUAUCAUGCAAACACACCCUAUACUACUCAAUCCAAGAGAUUUUCAAACUAUAAAGCAACUCUCCCAACUACCAAAUCCUCAUCAGCACAAGAUAAGGCAGCAAGGUGAAUAUGAAUCGCUACAUAGAGACAUGAUAGUGCAUUUUGGGAAAUGGGAAUUUGAUCCAAUGGAGCUCAAAAAUCCAUUUCCUAACAAUGAGGCUUCUGUCUACUUAUGGCAAGGUCAUGAGGACAAGCUUGUGCCAUUCGAAUUGCAGAGAUAUGUUGCCAAAAAGUUGCCAUGGAUUAAAUAUAAUGAAGUAGGUGAUGGUGGUCAUUUGAUGAUUCAUGAAAAGAAGCUUUGUGAAGCUAUAUUCAGGGAACUAUUGCUUGGAGAAGAACCAUCUUUUUGAUAUUCAUUCUAAGAAGCACAUGUACGGGUAUGGGAACGAGAACUGGUUCGGACACGACAAACGGUAUUUUAUAAAAAUAAUGAAGUAGGUGAUGGUGAUCAUUUGAUGAUUCAUUAAAAUAAGCUAUGUGAAACUUUAUUCAGGGAACUGUUGCUUGGAGAAGAACCAUCCUUUUGAUAUUCAUUCACUCACUAUUCACCAA